CCAUGGAGAACCUGCCAUCCAGCUUCAUAACCGCGCCGAGCCGCCAUGGAGAACCUGCCAUCCAGCUUCAUAACCGCGCCGAGCCGCCAUGGAGAACCUGCCAUCCAGCUUCAUAACCGCGCCGAGCCGCCAUGGAGAACCUGCCAUCCAGCUUCAUAACCGCGCCGAGCCGCCAUGGAGAACCUGCCAUCCAGCUUCAUAACCGCGCCGAGCCGCCAUGGAGAACCUGCCAUCCAGCUUCAUAACCGCGCCGAGCCGCCAUGGAGAACCUGCCAUCCAGCUUCAUAACCGCGCCGAGCCGCCAUGGAGAACCUGCCAUCCAGCUUCAUAACCGCGCCGAGCCGCCAUGGAGAACCCGCCAUCCAGCUUCAUAACCGCGCCGAGCCGCCAUGGAGAACCUGCCAUCCAGCUUCAUAACCGCGCCGAGCCGCCAUGGAGAACCUGCCAUCCAGCUUCAUAACCGCGCCGAGCCGCCAUGGAGAACCUGCCAUCCAGCUUCAUAACCGCGCCGAGCCGCCAUGGAGAACCUGCCAUCCAGCUUCAUAACCGCGCCGAGCCGCCAUGGAGAACCUGCCAUCCAGCUUCAUAACCGCGCCGAGCCGCCAUGGAGAACCUGCCAUCCAGCUUCAUAACCGCGCCGAGCCGCCAUGGAGAACCUGCCAUCCAGCUUCAUAACCGCGCCGAGCCGCCCUCGCUUCCACAGGGAGGCCAGCCAAGGAUACGCGCCGAUUCAUCCAGGCACGCCUUCGGCUGGGACGCGCUCACCUCAGCACCGGACAGAGAGAGGGCUGGCUGGGGUCGCUGCUGAUCUUACUAGACGCUGUCUCAAGCUGUUUAAACUAUUUAGUUUGGCUUGAAAUGUUUAUUUUUAAUAAUUUGUGAGUUUUGUGUUUGUUUAUUGCCUGCACGUAGUUCCGGGAAAGGGAAAGCAUCGCAUUUCUCCGUUGAAUUUCACACAGAGUGGAGCGCGUCAGUCUCUGCAGACAGGUUGAGCUUUUCAGUGAGAUUAUUUACUGAGAAACAAACGCGUUUCAAUUCCAGCAGAGCUGUACGGACGCUACUGCUUGCCAAGUCUGUUUGUGAUGGAUAUAUUUGAAUGGGAAGGAUAAGAUAAAACAAAUAUAUCUUACUAAAUACAAACCGAAGCGGUGUUUGUGGAUGAGCAGAGGAUUCUGCUAGACCAGGCUCCCACUAAAACCAGUGCAGAUGGAGGUCAGCGUCUCCGUGUCGCUCUUUCAAGAGCAGCUCGCCUCUCCCGUCGAGCGCGCAGUGAAAGCGGCUGUGGACUCCGUCUUGGGUGAGGUUACUAAAAUUGUCGGCAGCAAAUUCACUGAGUUUCAAGUGGAAAUGUCUGGAAUGAGGAGAGAGAAUGAAAGUCUGAAGCUGAGAUUGGAAAUAUCAGAGAGCGAGCUGAGAGCCGUGCGAGGGUGUAUAAACACUGCAGAUACAAACAUGAAACAGGCUUUCAUAUUUCACGAUCCCAGAGAGAGCCACGCUAUCCCUGAAUCUGAAGCACAGGAGGAGCCAAAGAUAGAAGCAGUUUCCACACAAGAGGAGUCCUUUGAGCAGGAGUGCUGUGCAAGUCUAAUGCAGGUUACAGAGCUGACAUUUAUUAAAGAUGAAGACUUCCCUGAAAAGGAAUGUGUUCCUGUUAAAGAGGAGUUCAUAGAGCAGGAAUGUGUCUCCAUCGCAGAGGAACUUCAUGCUGAAAAUAAUGUCUUUACACUUGAGGAGCACAAGAAGCUGGGAUCCAAUCUGUGUGAUGAUUCUCCAUCUGAAUGUGAACUGGGAUUUAGAGGUAACCCUACAAAACAAGCAGCAUUGAGCUGCCUAUUCAUCUUGCAGAGCUGCUACUGAACACCAGCAGUGUGCUUCACAUUCAUAUUUUACCCAAGGGGAGCUGCCCAACCACUCUGUCAACAAGGACAUAACUGUGCUUGCUCCUGAGGCAGCUGCUAGAUGUGCAGCCACUGCCCCGCCUCUUUAGAAUGCUGUUAGAUCAGCGGUGUCCAAUCACGCUCCUGCAGGCCAUUCCACUCCACAUUGAACACGUUCACUUCUAUAAAGUGCUGCUCCUGUGCCUGGAUGGAUGGUUAAUUGGUUCAAGGAGUGGAACAGCCAG